AUCUGCGAGAGCGACAUUCUGCGUUGUGACAGUAAUGCGUCCGUUUCAUUUCCAUAGUCGCACUCUCAUUCUCGCGAAACAGGGAAGCAAUGCUGCGCGGAGUCGCGGGGGCACGAGCAUCACUGCGCAGGUUGGGCUCUCAGCACCCUGGACAGCGGCUGUGAGCGAGCGGCAGGUCGGCCGGCGGCGCGCAUCCCGACCGAGGACCGCAAAGACAGGGAGCGGAGCGGAGCGGAGCGCCGGCGACAUGCUUUUCUCUAAGCACGCUAUAAAAGUACGACGGGAUCCACGGUGAUCUGACUGCUACCACAAGGAGGACCUCUGCCCGCUCGUAACGGAAACAAGAUGAUAACGAAGGAGAAAAUCUGAAAGGUAUUAAAGGGUCACAUCAUGGUAAUGUGUCACAGGCGACCCGGCACUUUUGUAAGAAAAGUGUAAGCAUUCCUUCGCAGGUUUUUUUUUUCAAAUCGAUUUAAGCAAAUUCCAGCAAUAGCGCUGCUGAGGAGGUUGGGGAGGGAGGGGGGGGGGGGGCGGCUGGAAGGUGGUCAAUGAGGAUCAGGUGAAGCGCGCCCUCUAACACGGCAAGAAACGGAGCGACAGAAGCCGAGAGCACCGUGCCGUCUGGAGCUCUUCGAGAUGCGUCUCUGUCUGCUGGCGGUGUUUCUGUGCUGCUCCUGCGCACGGGGCGGUUGUGAGCCCAAGGUAGUGAACAUCGGCGCCGUCCUGAGUCAGAAGAGGUACGAGCAGGUGUUCAAGGACGCGGUCACUCAAGCCAACCACCUCUACGGGAAAGAUAAGUUCAAGCUGAACGCCAUCUCUGUCACCCACAAACCCAACGCCAUCCAGAUGGCUCUGUCGGUCUGCGAAGACCUCAUCUCCAACCAGGUGUACGCAAUCCUCGUAAGUCACCCGCCCCAGUCCAACGACCACCUGACUCCCACACCCGUGUCCUACACAGCUGGGUUUUACCGCAUUCCCGUGGUGGGGCUCACAACUCGCAUGUCCAUCUACUCAGACAAGAGUAUCCACCUGUCCUUCUUGCGAACAGUGCCACCCUACUCCCACCAAGCACACGUGUGGUUUGACUUGAUGCGUGAGUUUCGAUGGAACCAUAUCAUCUUGAUUGUGAGUGAUGACCACGAGGGCCGUGCUGCGCAGAAGAGGCUGGAGACACUGCUGGAGGAGAGGGAGACCAAGAAUAAAAACAGGAACUAUGAAAACCUCGACCAACUGUCCUAUGACAACAAGCGAGGACCCAAGGCAGAGAAAGUCCUACUCUUCAACCAAGAUACGAAUCUUACGGCAUUGCUAAAGGAGGCCAGGGAGCUGGAGGCCCGUGUCAUCAUCCUCUCUGCAAGCGAGGAGGAUGCAGCUGCAGUGUACAAGGCUGCACGGCAGCUCAACAUGACUGGUUCUGGUUAUGUGUGGCUGGUUGGAGAGAGGGAGAUGUCAGGGAAGGCCCUGAGUGAAGCUCCAGAUGGACUGAUUGGCCUCCAGCUGAUCAAUGGCAAGAACGAGUCAGCACAUAUCAACGAUGCAGUUGCUGUUGUGGCGCAGUCCAUCCAGGAGCUCUUCGAGAAAGAGAAUAUCACAGAGCCACCACGAGGCUGUGUGGGCAACACCAAUAUUUGGAAGACGGGGCCUCUUUUCAAGCGGGUACUGAUGUCUUCCAAGUUUCCUGAGGGUCUCACAGGUCGUGUGGAAUUCAAUGAUGAUGGGGACAGGAAGUUUGCACACUACAGCAUUCUGAACUACCAGAAGAGCAGACUUGUUCAAGUUGGAGUUUUCAAUGGCACCCAGGUUGUAUUAAACACUCAAAGAAAGAUCAUCUGGCCUGGAGGAGAGACAGAAAAGCCCAGAGGCUAUCAGAUGUCCACACGACUGAAGAUUGUCACCAUUCAUCAGGAGCCCUUUGUGUAUGUUAAACCCACUUUACCAGAUGGUACCUGCAAAGAAGAAUAUACUGUCAAUGGGGUCUUGAUCAAGAAAGUGAUCUGCACAGGCCCCAAUGAAACCAUCCCAGGACGCCCAAUUGUACCACAGUGUUGCUAUGGCUUCUGCAUUGACUUGCUAAUCAAGCUGGCUAUGACCAUGAACUUCACGUAUGAGGUGCAUUUAGUGGGUGAUGGGAAAUUUGGGACACAAGAGCGGGUGAACAACAGCAACAAGAAAGAGUGGAAUGGCAUGAUGGGAGAGCUACUUGGGGGUCUGGCGGAUAUGAUUGUGGCACCACUCACUAUAAACAAUGAGCGAGCCCAAUACAUAGAGUUCUCCAAGCCAUUCAAAUACCAAGGGCUCACCAUCCUUGUGAAGAAGGAAAUCCCCCGGAGCACACUGGACUCAUUCAUGCAGCCUUUCCAGAGCACUCUGUGGCUCCUGGUGGGACUUUCAGUGCACGUGGUAGCAGUGAUGCUCUACCUGCUGGAUCGGUUCAGCCCUUUUGGAAGGUUCAAAGUGAAUAGUGAAGAAGAAGAAGAAGAUGCCCUCACCUUAUCUUCAGCAAUGUGGUUCUCCUGGGGAGUACUUCUGAACUCUGGAAUUGGGGAGGGUGCACCACGCAGCUUCUCGGCAAGGAUCUUGGGGAUGGUGUGGGCUGGUUUUGCCAUGAUCAUUGUGGCAUCUUACACUGCCAACCUGGCUGCUUUCCUGGUCUUGGACCGACCUGAAGAGCGCAUUACUGGGAUCAAUGACCCACGGUUGCGGAACCCAUCAGACAAGUUCAUCUAUGCCACAGUGAAGCAGAGCUCAGUUGACAUCUACUUCCGGCGGCAGGUGGAACUGAGCACCAUGUACCGUCACAUGGAGAAGCACAACUAUGAGAGUGCGGCUGAGGCCAUCCAGGCCGUGCGUGACAACAAGCUCCAUGCUUUCAUCUGGGACUCGGCAGUACUGGAGUUUGAAGCCUCACAGAAGUGUGACCUGGUGACAACAGGAGAGCUUUUCUUCCGCUCAGGUUUUGGCAUAGGCAUGCGGAAGGAUAGCCCCUGGAAGCAGAAUGUGUCCCUGGCUAUUCUCAGCUCCCAUGAAAAUGGCUUCAUGGAGGAUCUCGAUAAAACUUGGGUGAGGUACCAGGAGUGUGACUCAAGGAGCAAUGCCCCUGCCACACUCACCUUUGAGAAUAUGGCAGGUGUAUUUAUGCUGGUUGCUGGGGGCAUAGUGGCAGGUAUCUUCCUCAUCUUCAUUGAAAUUGCUUACAAACGUCACAAAGAUGCCCGCAGGAAGCAGAUGCAACUGGCCUUCGCAGCAGUCAAUGUGUGGAGGAAGAACCUGCAGGAUAGGAAAAGUGGUAGAGCAGAACCCGACCCCAAAAAGAAAGCCUCUUUUAGGUCCAUCAGUUCCACCCUGGCCUCCAGCAUCAAGAGACGUAGGUCCUCGAAAGACACGCCAUAUCCAACAGACAUCACAGGACAGCUGAACCUCUCGGACCCGUCCGUCAGUACUGUGGUGUGAGAGCAAGCCAGUAGGACCCAAGUGUUCUCCACUUGUGGUACUGAGCCAUCGGAAGCAUUAACCCCUGGGAGUCCCUGUCCAUCACCCCAUCUCGGCCUCUCCCGCCUAUCGAUCCAUUUGAGACCAGCAUGCAGAACAUCACAUCAAGACUAAAACCACAGACAGAGGGUGACUACUUUUUCUACACUGAGGCCACACCAUCAGAGAAACUUUCUUUAUUUUAUCCAAUGCCAUGCCUACCAUUGAGGCCAUGCCUAGUACAACUAUCAGUGCGUGUCCCACACUGAAACCCUUGUUGGAAUAAGUCUUGGAAAACAGCACUUAUAUGUAUCUCCAUUUACACCUUUCGCAGAUAUUAAAAUAAUGUACACAUUGUGUAUGAGUUGUUGCAUUGCACUGAUUUACUGAGUUUGGCUUGAUUAAGGAAGUGAAGAAAGUUCUGUAUAAAUUAUUUAAAUGAAACAACACUUCACUGCUAGUUAUAAUAUAGCUGUAUUAUGUUCUUGCUACCUAUGUAUUCUUGCCAUGUCGUUUAAUGUAUAUGUAUCACUACCUCCAUAUUUAAAUAAAGUUUAUUUUAGAUAUGUAGCCUAUUUGAUACACUAUAAUAGUGAUAAUACUUUAAAGUGUCCCAUAUGUUAAUUUUGAAAGGUUUUUUUGUAAUGAAGGUAUUACGUAGUGCAAUAAGUCAUCAUGUAGAGAUCUACUAUGGUAAAAUGGUAAAACUGGUAGCAUAGAACAGUGUAUAUUUUUUGAAGUACAUAUGAAAGUAGAUCGGCUUUUUCAUUACCAUAGUUGCUCCUUGACUCAUUUUCCAGAUUGGUCCUGUUUUCCCUGGCUCCCUUCCUUCACUUAGUGUGAUUAUAAUGUUUUCACUGAACCUGUCUGGCUUUGUGGAUUUUUAUUAUGCUAAUAUUUAUUAUUUUUCUGGAUCCAAAGUGAUUGGCAGGUUAUGAAUAUUAAACACAUAUUUAUAUUCUUGAAUGCAUAUGUUUGUCUCCAAAGGAACAAGUACAAGAACUAUUAUACGUACAGAUUUAUACACUGUUAAUUCCCGUUUUGUCUUUUCAGUGUUUUUUUCUAAAUACGGUUUUUGCUUAAUUGUAUCACUGAGCUGUUAAUACUUUCUUUGCUCACAAUGUUUGUUUUUCCAUCUCUAAAUGCUAGUCUGCAUAAAGGAACAGGAAAGUAAUGUGUUCUAGUCUUUCAUGAGUCCAGAAGGCAUUUCAAUAUCUAAGGAGCCAUAAAUGAAUGCAGGUGAAUUUAAAACCUAGUGCACAGUAUAAUUUCCCUACUGUACCUUAAUUUACUACACUAGCUGCUUUAAAAACUGCCAGUUUCUUAAACUCCUAUCACUGCCACUUGAUGUAUAUUGUCCACUAUUCCAGGACAAUAACACUAAGCCACCUUUGUCUUACACAGUCAGCACGAGAACUUGGUUAAAUAAAUAUGAAAUAAAUACAUAUGAAGAGUACAAACAUCUGCAUAUGUUUUCUAAAACUAAAGUGAUUAUGUAGUUAUUGUUUUUGCAAGCAGAUCAGAAAUACAUGUAUGCAAUAUCUGUAAGUCAUACAUGUCUGUCAUGUAUGCAGUAUCCAUUCCUAUAAUGUUGUUUCCUGCCAAGCGAUAAAUAAUGAAUAAAUUGCUAUUUCAUUUCUUUCCGAUAUUAAAUCAUACAAUGAAACAGUUAAACUUACUUUCCAGUGUCAAUUUCUUUAUUGCUUGCAAAAAAGAUUUUUUUUCAUGGAAUCUAUUAUGAAUGCUUUGUCAGUUCAGGAAAAAUGUAUGUGCCCUUGUAUAUCCAUAUUAGAAAUGGUCAUGUCUUGAGAGAGCAUUUCAAGUUACCAAGCAACAUGGUCAUAAGUAAUGAUGGCACAGUGUCAAGAUGCUUCCAUUGAAAUACAACCCAUUGGAGGAACUGAUAUUGAGACACUUGACAUUACUAUUUAGAGCUGCAGAAAUAUUGCUAAGAUAGCCUUGCCUGUUUACUGUUCAACAUUAUGUACAGUGCCAUCACUGUGCUUUUGACGAAUUUUCCUUUUCUGCAUAACAGCUAAGACAAUGUUUGUAAAUGAAACUCUUUAUUUGUCUGUAAAAGAAAUUGCACAUCAACUGUAUUUCUAUGUGCCAAUAAAAUGUCUUGCUUAUUAAACACAUGCUAA